GGGGGGAGGGGAGGGGAGGGGGAGGGGGGAGUUGAUGGCAUGGGCAUCCAUGGUCCGAUCAUGGUCUGAUGGUGUUCGGUCAUCGCCCCUGACAUGACCACCUCCAUCACCUGCCUGCACCUCACCCUCAUCCGCCGCAUGCUCCGCUCUGUGACAGGUACGCUCAUGGCCCGUGUCGGCGGCAUGCAGCUGGUGGCGACCACAGGCGCUUCGUCGCAGGUGUUGGCUCUCGAGCUUGCGCACGCCGACGACGUGAGCGGGAGCUCGGGUGAGCCGCUGACGGGCGCCAUGUCGGCGACCUCGAGCGAAUGGCCCGAGUGGGAGGUCAGCGAAGAUGUGCUGAGCGAGAUCGGAGCUAUGUGGGUCAAUGCCUUGGACAGAGGCCCCGAUCCGGUUGGCCUGGGUCGGGAGCACUGCCAAGUGUGUACUCUCCUGCCACCAGACGUGGUGCUCGAUCUCUCGGUCCCGCGGGUGACGGAUGCGAUCGAGUCGUUUAUGGCCGCGCACGAGGGAGUCCUGCACAUGACGCCAGAUCUGGACGCGGUCGAUGCGGCCGCAGUGCCGCUGCCGGACGAGGUUUUGGUGCUCUCGGGCUCGUUCAAUCCGCUGCACACUGGCCAUCGCGCGCUGCUGAAUGCGGCACGCGAGGUGUACCUGGCCCGCGACGGCGCGCCCACACAGGUUUGGGCCGGCUACGAGCUCGCGCUGGUCAAUGCCGACAAGGCCCCCAUCUCGAGCCGCGCGGUGCUGGAGCGACUGACUCGGUUUGCCGGCCGCACCUCUGUCCUCCUCACCACCGCCCCGCGCUUUGAUCAGAAGGCCGCCCUGCUCGCGCCGUCGCGGGUGACCUUUGUGGUUGGCGUCGACACCGCCGUCCGUAUCCUCAAUCCCAAGUACUACGGCGGAAGCCAGGCCGGGCUGCUGGAUGCCAUGCUCUCGCUCGCCUCGUCGGGCGUCUCCUUUAUCGUCGCUGGCCGGGUCGACGACGACUCGGGCGAGUUCAUCUCGGCCGCCACCAUCACCGACCCCGUCAGCCAUCCUGUUGUGGCCGACCUAGAAGCUGCCGGCCACCCCGAGCUCUUCCUUCCCAUUCCGGACGACGUCUUUCGCGUUGAUCUCUCCACGACACGACUGCUCCACGAGACCGAGGGCGGUAGCUCUGAGAGCUAUGUGUACUACCUCCGUGUGACGGCAAGCACGGGAUGUGUGGUGGCUCUGGGCUCGCUGGCGGGCGGCAUUCCCAAGGCCGCCCUCCCUGCGCUGGUGGUCUUCGGCUUUGGCGCUGCUGGCGGAUGGUCAAACGAGCCGUCGACGCGAUACAACACAACUCGGGCAUUUGCUGUCAUGGCGCCGCUGCUCAUGGUCUUUCUCGCCAUUGCCACCGUCGUCGGCAUUGCUGACUUUUCCGAUUGUCCGCUCUGCCUCGUCCUCCUCCUCAUGGUCGAUGCCCUUCUCGUCGGUGCAUGGGUCUUUGCCUGGAAGGUCGCCCAUCACGCUGCCGUCCAGAUCGAUGCCGCUCGGACGGCUGGCCUGUGGGACUCGGACGAGUUUGCUCUCGAUGCUGAUGACGAUCUGGAGGCCGGCGGUUGGACAGCCGACCUGCCGUCGUCGUCGUCGACGACGCUCGACAACGGCCUCGGUUCACACGCCGCACGCACGCCGCCUGUCGUCUCUACCCUUGGCAGCGCCAACGCUAAUGUUGUUGAUGAGCUGUUCACGCAGGCGUAUCGGUACCGACAGGACGGCAUGCCGCGGACGCUCAAGGAGAAGAUUGCAGGCGCCCUGUCGACGAGCUUGGCGCAUGUGGACCUCCUGCACAAGGCUAUUGUGGCCCUCAUUGUCGAGUCUGUGUACGAGGAGCGUGCUGCGCAGGAUGUGCUCCCGGUCCUGCCUCAGGACAUGGAGAAGGAUCUCGCUCGUCUUAUUGCUGCUAUCGUCGGAUCGCACGUGGCAAAGUGGACAGAGCUGGCCAAGGAGGCCACCAUCUCGUUGCCGAAGCUCGUCGACGUCGACUGGCGGGUCGACCCGACCGUCAUUGUCGAAAUGACCGUCCAGGAGGAGGCCAAGCGCGCCGGCGCCAUGUUGGGCGUCCACCGCGUCAACUUUGAAAUGUCGCGCGAGACCGUCGCCACCAUGCUCGACGGCCUCGGCAAGAUCCGCGACCAGCUCGCCUCUAUCAAGUCCAUGACCGACUGA